GUCAUAAAUUAGCUAACUGUCCCCAAACAGGGACACUCCCUUUGGAAACAAAAAAAGAAACCUUUAUGCAAAAAAGGCUCCCUGGAUGGCACUGGGUGGGUAUAAAUACUUCUUAGCUGCCAGCGUGGUCAUAACUUUGCAUUGAGUUGAAGACUGAGGCUCUGGCACCAGAGAAGUCAGCAUCUCUGAUUUGAAACCUCCCAGCCAGCCCUGGUGAGGUGACUGAGAAGUUCCAGUUGGUCCUGAGCUCUGCGGUGCAAGCUUAUCCCCCGCCAGCUUGCUCAUUUCUAUCCUGCGGCAGCACGGCCAGCUGCCAAGCCUCACACCAAGGAGCAUCUGAGUUUAAAUCCAAAUAAGUGACCUGCUUUGCAAAGCUGCAAAGAUGACAUGUCCCUGGAAGUUUCUGUUCAAGGCCAAAUCCUCCCAGUAUGACUUGUUUGAGAAAAAGGACAUCAACAACAACGUGGGAACAACCAUCUAUACAACCUCCAGUCCCGUAACACAGGAUGACACCAAGCUUCACAGCCUCAGCAAGCCUGGGAAUGAGUCUUCCCCACCCCUCACGGGGACGGUACAGAAGUCUCCAGAAUCCCAGGUCAAGCUGGGCGUGAAGCUGGGCACACCCCCAUCGGCCUGCGCAGGGCAUGUGAGGAUCAAAAACUGGGGCAAUGGGAUGACUUUCCAGGACACACUUCACCACCAGGCCAAAGGGGAUGUUCCUUGCAAGUCCAGGUCUUGCCUGGGGUCCCUUAUGAGCCCCAAAAAUUUUACCAAAGGACCGAGAGACAAGCCUACCCCCCCGGACGAGCUUCUACCUCAAGCAAUCGAAUUUGUCAACCAGUAUUACGGCUCCUUCAAAGAGGCAAAAAUAGAGGAACAUCUGGCCAGGGUGGAAGCAGUAGCAAAGGAGAUCGAAACAACAGGAACCUACCAGCUGACAGGGGAUGAGCUCAUCUUUGCCACCAAACAGGCCUGGCGCAAUGCCCCCCGCUGCAUUGGGAGGAUACAGUGGUCCAACCUACAGGUCUUUGACGCCCGGAGCUGUACCACUGCCAAGGAAAUGUUCGAGCACAUUUGCAGACAUAUACGCUAUGCCACCAACCAGGGCAAUAUCAGGUCAGCCAUCACGGUGUUCCCCCAGCGGAGUGACGGGAAGCACGACUUCCGGGUGUGGAACUCUCAGCUCAUCCGGUAUGCUGGCUACCAGAUGCCCGAUGGCACCAUCAUAGGAGACCCUGCCUGUGUGGAGUUCACCCAGCUGUGCAUUGACCUGGGCUGGAAGCCGAAGUAUGGCCGCUUUGACGUGGUGCCUCUGGUCCUGCAAGCGGAUGGCCAUGAUCCUGAGCUCUUUGAAAUCCCACCGGACCUAGUGCUUGAGGUGCCCCUAGAGCAUCCCAAGUACGCGUGGUUUCGGGAGCUGGAGCUGAAGUGGUACGCCCUGCCUGCAGUGGCCAACAUGCUGCUUGAGGCGGGUGGCCUUGAGUUUCCAGGGUGUCCCUUCAAUGGCUGGUACAUGGGCACGGAGAUCGGGGUCCGGGACCUCUGCGAUGUCCAGCGCUACAACAUCCUGGAGGAAGUGGGCAGAAGGAUGGGCCUGGAAACGCACAAGCUGGCUUCCCUUUGGAAAGACCGGGCUGUCAUUGAGAUCAACAUCGCUGUGCUCCACAGUUACCAGAAACAAAAUGUGACCAUCAUGGACCACCACUCAGCUUCAGAGUCCUUCAUGAAGUACAUGCAGAAUGAAUACCGGUCCCGUGGGGGCUGCCCGGCCGACUGGAUUUGGCUUGUCCCCCCGAUUUCUGGGAGCAUCACCCCCGUGUUUCACCAGGAGAUGUUAAACUAUAUCCUGUCACCUUUCUACUAUUAUCAGGUAGAGGCCUGGAAAACCCACGUCUGGCAGGACGAGAAGCGGAGGCCCAGGAGAAGAGAGAUUCAAUUCAAAGUCUUGGCUAAAGCCAUGCUCUUCGCCUCUGUGCUGAUGCGCAAAGCCAUGGCGUCGCGAGUCAGAGUCACAAUCCUCUUUGCAACAGAGACGGGAAAGUCAGAAACGCUGGCCCAGGACCUGGGGGCCUUGUUCAGCUGCGCCUUCAACCCCAAGGUUUUCUGCAUGGACGAGUACAGGCUGAGCGACCUGGAGAAGGAGCGGCUGCUGUUGGUGGUGACCAGCACAUUCGGGAAUGGGGACUCUCCUGGCAACGGAGAGAAACUGAAGAAAUCGCUCUUCAUGUUGAAAGAGCUCACUAACAAAUUCAGGUAUGCCGUGUUUGGCCUUGGCUCCAGCACAUACCCUCAGUUCUGCGCCUUUGCACAUGACAUUGACCAGAAGCUUUCCCACCUGGGGGCCUCUCAGCUCACCCCGACAGGGGAAGGAGAUGAGCUCUGCGGGCAGGAGGAAGCCUUCCGCAACUGGGCUGUGCAAACAUUCAAGGCAGCAUGUGAGACAUUUGAUAUCCGGGGCAAACACCACAUUCAGAUCCCCAAGCUGUACACCUCCAAUGAGACCUGGGACCCACACCAGUACAGGCUCGUGCAGGACUCAGAGCUUUUGGACCUCAACAAAGCCCUCGGCAGCAUGCAUGCCAAGAACGUGUUCACCAUGAAGCUCAAAUCCCGGCAGAACCUACAGAGUCUGAAAUCCAGCCGUGCCACCCUCCUGGUGGAACUCUCCUAUGAGGGUAGCCAAGGCCUGAACUACCUGCCCGGAGAGCACCUUGGGGUUUUCCCAGGCAAUCAGCAGGCCCUGGUUCAAGGCAUCUUGGAGCGCCUAGUGGAUGGACCUGCACCCCACCAACCCGUGCGCCUGGAGGUCCUCAGCAAGAACGGCAGCUACUGGGUCAGGGAUAAGAGAUUGCCCCCCUGCUCACUCAGCCAGGCCCUCACCUACUUCCUGGACAUCACCACACCCCCAAGCCAGCUACUGCUCCAAAAGCUGGCCCAGCUGGCCACAGAAGAGGCUGAGAGACAGAGGCUAGAGGCCCUGUGCCAGCCCUCAGAGUACAGCAAGUGGAAGUUCACCAACAGCCCUACGUUCCUGGAAGUGCUUGAGGAGUUCCCAUCCCUGCGGGUAUCUGCUGGCUUCCUACUCUCCCAGCUCCCCACUCUGAAACCCCGGUACUACUCCAUCAGCUCCUCCCGGGACCAUACCCCCACAGAAGUCCACCUCACUGUUGCCGUGGUCACAUACCGCACCCGAGAUGGCCAGGGUCCCCUGCACCAUGGCGUCUGCAGCACUUGGCUCAGCAACCUGAAGCCCCAAGAUGCAGUGCCCUGCUUUUUGCGCAGUGCCAGUGGCUUCCAGCUCCCUGAGGACCCCUUCCAGCCUUGCAUCCUCAUCGGGCCUGGUACGGGCAUUGCCCCCUUCCGCAGUUUCUGGCAGCAACGGCUCCAUGACAUCGAGCACAAAGGGCUCCAGAGAGGCCGUAUGACCCUGGUGUUUGGCUGCCGCCACCCGGAUGAGGACCACAUCUAUCGGGAGGAGACGCUGGAGAUGGCCCGGAGGGGCGUGCUGCAUGAAGUGCACACAGCCUAUUCUCGCCUGCCUGGCCAGCCCAAGGUCUACGUUCAAGACAUCCUGCGGCAGCAGCUGGCUAGCGAGGUGCUCCGUGUACUCCACAAAGAGCAGGGCCACCUCUACGUCUGUGGGGAUGUGCGCAUGGCCCGGGACUUGGCACACACCCUGAAACAGCUGGUGGCUGCCAAGCUGAGCCUGAACGAGGAGCAGGUUGAGGACUAUUUCUUCCAGCUCAAGAGCCAGAAGCGCUAUCAUGAAGAUAUCUUUGGGGCUGUAUUUCCCUAUGAGGUGAAAAAGGACACGGUGGUGGGCCAGCCCAGCGAUCCCAGAGCUCCGAUGACCCACGGGACAAGUUAAAGCCACUGGCACAGGGUCAGGGGAGAUGGAGGAAAACAGUAACCCCCAAGCUUCACAUCUCAUUACCUUACCUCCUUCCUUCCCAAGCCCUUCACUUGACCUGCUACCAAGUAGCAGCCUGGACUGGUUGGAGCCUUCUCUUUCCCUUGAUCCCGCCCAUCCCCAGAUAACGGAGAAUUGGGGCCUCCUUGGUCCCUUUGAGACAACCUACAAUGCCCUGCCUGGCAAGUGCGUGAGAGAAGAAUGGAACCUUCUUCUGACUCCACCACUUCAAAUGUCCGCCAGGAGGCACUAUCUGCCCACUUUGUAUUUAGCUGCCCUGUGUACAGUUAUUUAUGCCUCUGUAUUUAAAAAAAAAAAGAAAAAA